CUCCCCGCGGCCGGCGCAGCGCAGCGGCAGCGAUGGCGGUGAAGGCCCUCAACCCCAAGGCCGAGGUGGCGCGGGCCCAGGCCGCGCUCGCGGUGAACAUCAGCGCGGCGCGCGGGCUCCAGGACGUGCUGCGGACCAACCUGGGCCCCAAGGGCACCAUGAAGAUGCUGGUAUCCGGGGCUGGAGACAUCAAGCUGACCAAAGAUGGCAACGUGCUGCUGCAGGAAAUGCAAAUACAACACCCAACAGCCUCCUUGAUAGCAAAAGUAGCAACAGCACAAGAUGACAUCACUGGAGAUGGUACCACUUCAAAUGUCUUGAUCAUUGGAGAACUCCUAAAACAAGCAGAUCUCUAUAUUUCUGAGGGCUUGCAUCCCAGAAUAGUAACAGAAGGAUUUGAGAUUGCAAAGGAAAAAGCACUUGAAGUUUUGGAGCAAGUCAAAGUAACCAAGGAAAUGGACAGGGAGACCCUUACAGAUGUUGCCAGAACAUCCCUCCGUACUAAAGUUCAUACUGAGCUUGCUGAUGUCUUAACGGAGGCUGUAGUAGAUUCUAUUUUGGCAAUCAGAAAACCAGAUGAGCCCAUUGAUCUCUACAUGGUAGAGAUCAUGGAGAUGAAGCACAAAUCUGAAACUGAUACAACGCUGAUUAGAGGGCUGGUUUUGGAUCAUGGUGCUCGUCAUCCUGACAUGAAGAAAAGAGUGGAAGAUGCUUAUGUUCUUACCUGCAAUGUUUCUCUAGAAUAUGAGAAAACAGAGGUGAGCUCUGGAUUCUUCUAUAAAAGUGCAGAAGAAAGAGAGAAGCUUGUAAAAGCAGAAAGAAAGUUCAUUGAAGACAGAGUGAACAAAAUCAUAGACUUGAAAAAAAGAGUCUGUGGUGAUUCAGAUAAAGGAUUUAUUGUGAUCAACCAGAAGGGAAUUGACCCAUUUUCCUUGGAUGCCCUUGCAAAAGAAGGAAUAGUCGCCUUACGCAGAGCUAAAAGGAGAAACAUGGAAAGACUGACCCUUGCAUGUGGUGGUACUGCUAUGAACUCUGUGGAGGAUCUCACUCCUGAGUGCCUGGGUCACGCAGGGCUUGUCUAUGAGUAUACAUUGGGUGAAGAGAAAUACACCUUUAUUGAGAAGUGUGACAAUCCUCGCUCUGUUACCCUGUUGAUCAGGGGACCGAAUAAGCAUACACUCACACAAAUCAAGGAUGCAGUAAGAGAUGGUCUACGUGCUGUUAAAAAUGCUAUCGAGGAUGGGUGUGUGGUUCCAGGAGCAGGAGCAUUAGAAGUGGCAGUAGCUAAUGCUCUUGUUAAGCAUAAACCUAAUGUCAAAGGAAGAGCCCAGCUCGGAGUUCAGGCUUUUGCUGAUGCUCUUCUCAUCAUUCCAAAGGUUCUUGCUCAGAACUCUGGUUAUGAUCCCCAAGAAACACUAGUGAAGGUUCAGACAGAACAUGCAGAAUCAGGGCAACUUACUGGAGUUGAUCUGAACACCGGUGAACCAAUGAUAGCUGCAGCAGCUGGGAUUUGGGAUAAUUACAAUGUUAAGAAGCAACUGCUUCAUUCAUGCACGGUGAUUGCUAGCAAUAUUCUCUUGGUUGAUGAAAUUAUGCGAGCUGGAAUGUCGUCUCUUAAAGGCUGAAUCGGAUCUGCUGGCAUCAGUGAUCGUCAUGAAUAGUAUUGCCCCGUGGAAUAACUUUGAAGAAGUCCACUUGAAAGCAGUCUUCUCUUAAUUACAGUGAAUUUUUCACAGCAAUGGAAGUUACUGUAACUAGGAAACACCCUUUUGGUAGACACGGCCACUCAAAAUAUUAGUAACUAUUCAAAUACUUGAUUCAAAAAUCAGUUAUUUAUUUUUAAUUUCACUGAAGUGUACAACUGAAGUUGCUGACCUUUUUACCUAAUAAACUGUUCUGUUCUGUGCUUUA